GGCCAAACAAGGAAGUUGUAGUAAAGGUGAUUUGUGAUCUCACUAUUGUGGAAGUCUUAUGCAUAUAAUCCUUAUUGAGGGAUGUUCUCAAGAUCUUAUUAUCCAUACGAGUUGGAGUUUGGAAUGAGAAUAUCAGAGAUCAAUGACAAGGUGUUGUCUAAGGUGCAUUAGUAGGUAGGUCUUGCACCGAUGCAAGAUGUUUUUAACCACAUAAAUGAAAUAUUCUAUAAAGAUGCUAUUGUGAUAACCGGUUACACUUGGAAGGAUUAAAUUAUGUUUUAUUUAAAUUUUUUCACAACUAUCCAAACAUUGAAUUUUUGGACUAUAUAAACAAUACUUCAACUUGAGUGCAUAUUGAGAACCAUAUACCCAAACAAAAGAAGUUAUCGUAAUCUAACUGAUAUAUGCUUUUGAAAAGUAAUGCCAUUUGCAGAAAAAUUGUCUGCCACUAUCAUUCCCAUCUAAAAUAAACAUUUUUCUGUAGACAAUAUUACGUAACGCGAAGAAAGAUUCAGUUUACAUUCUAUUCUGGUUUUCUACGCAUGCUUGAGGUUGAGAGAUGGAAGGUUCAGAUCUAGAUGUAACAUUCAAAAGGAUUAAUGACCUUGCAAAUGGAAUUGAUGGUCACGAGAUAGAGACUUCAACCACAAAGGGUAUCCGCGUAGUUCAGGCACACAAAGGCUUCCUCCUCUGUGAUUUCACAGUACAUAGUGGCUUGUUGGAUGAAAAUGGAAAUUGGCAUGUGGGUGCGAUAGCAACAUUAGUUGAUAUCCUUGGCAACUUUGCCUCCUUCUCCUUUAGUUCACGACACUACCAAGUCACUCUGGAUUUCAGUAUAUCUUACUAUACAACGGCAAAGGUUCAGGAAGAAGUUCAAGUGGAGGCAAAAGUUAUAGGAAAGCAGGAUGAGUUAACUUCUGUGAUUGUGGAAGUCAGGAAAAAGGAGAAUAGAGAAUUGGUUGCGCUGGGAAAGCUGUGGAUGGCAGUAUCUAGAAGGCAUCCAAGACACCAAGAAAGUAAACUCUAACUUCUUUCAAGUUUUACAAGACCAUGAUUAUAUCCCAUGCUUCCUUUACAUAUUUUUCAUGGUGACUAUGUUUUGCCCGUAUCAUAAACCGUUCGGUAAACAUCAUUUAAUUUGAUAAGAGCAUUGGACUCUUAAUCAAUUGCCUGCACUAGCUAUCGUUUGUGAUUAGUCUUAUUUAUGAACCCCCCCCCCUCUUGUAUUAAACAGCUUGUUCAGUUUUGCUUAUCAAAAAAUUUAGGUUGCAAUUAA